GCCACUGAGGGCGGAUCCACAGCCCGGAGAACCCGACACCUGACCGCCACCUUCCCCCCUCCUCCCUGCCCGGCUCCGGCUCCCUGUCUGCGGCCUCCUCCUCAUGAAGAACCGGGAGGACCGGAGCUUCGAAGUUUCUCUCGAGCAGCUCAACGACCUGUUGACGGACGACAGAGGCUUGUUCACCCGGCCCAGCAGAGACUGCAGCCCGGUGCACCCUGGGAUCUAUGUCGGGAACGAGUCUGCGGCGUUGAACGUGAUGCAUCUGAAGCGACUGGGCAUCACCCACAUCCUGAACGCGGCGGAGGGGAACUCCUUCAUGCACGUCAACACCAACGCCGAGUUCUACGCCGGCACCGGCUUCGUCUACCACGGGAUCCCCGCCAGCGACUUCGUCCACUUCGACAUCAGCGUUUACUUCGAGGAGGCGGCGGACUUCAUCGGGAAGGCGCUGGCAUACAACGAUGGAAAAGGCAAAGUGUACGUUCACUGCAGGGAAGGCUACAGCCGCUCGCCCACCUUGGUCAUAGCCUUCCUGAUGCUUCGCCAAAACAUGGACGUCCACACCGCUCUGGCCACGGUGCGGCAGAACCGAGAAAUCGGCCCCAACGACGGCUUCCUGCUGCAGCUCUGUCGACUCAACAAGAGGCUGAGGGCCGAGUCCCGGAGCCAGACACUUUAACUUUACACAUCACUUGCACCAAAGUAAAUGUGCUGAUCACGAGUUCACAUCCCUGCACUGACACUCUGAACAUUCCGCUCAUCUCGUGUCGGCUCCAGACGACACUGGACUUGUCCGGAGUAGAUUUGUGUGUUUUGAUCAGAACAACAUCGAAGUAUGAAGUGAAUGUGAUUCUCACUGAUGCUGUCCCCAGCGUCUCUGGUGUCCUGUCCUCGUCCCCCUGGUCUCACUCCUGCAGCUCGUCCCAGAGUGGAACUUUUUUUUUAUGUUGAAUCAGAUUCUCAGAGGACGAUGUGAAAGUAUUUUUUCGUCUGAUGUGUUCAGUACAGAGGCGGAAACACGUUUGUGUUGUGGUUUUUUCAUCUUGGUCUUUGUUAAUGCGUCUUUUUAGGAAACCGCUCAGAAGUAAUUCUCUAAAUCUCUCUUUUAGGAAUCCUGCACUAUUACACAAGACGUGUCAGAAGGUUCGAUUUCUGAUCGUUAAAAUGAUUCUAGUUUGACGUCAGCGGAAAAGGGGAAGAAAGAAUAUUUGGAUUGGAGGUUAUAAAUCCUCCAGAUGGUUUCUGUGCUUGUUUGGUUAUUUGAUCCGUCAACACAUUUUGCACAGUGUGUGUUUUGCAGGUUUAUAUUGUAUUUGUAAUAGACAUGUUUUUCUGUGUAUUUGUACUGUGCUUUACACACAAUGUGUAGUACUGAGCCUGUGACUUGCGGUUGUGAUGUAUUCAGAUUACGACACUUUAUCUCCUCGUCUUUUCCUACGUUCAGCAAUAAACACGUCUGUGGUUUCUUGUAAAACUUGAGGUGACGUUCAGCUCACGUGAACUUUCCCACAAACUGUUCAACAUCUGUAACAUCUGUAAGAUUUAACACCUGGUGAGUCUGAGCAGUAACCCCGUUGUCCUGUAGAGGGGGUAGUAGGACCACUGGAGACGCUGCUAAAGAUCAUCAGUCAACAAAGAGUUAAA